AUGCAGUUCCUGAGGGUGCUGUGGAGUUCCUCAUGUGUAAGUGGCAGCGCCAGGUGUAAAUGUGGGCUGAGUGUGUGGCCCAUAUCGCCCCUGCCAAUGGCUUACUUUGUUGCUCACCUGUCCUGGUGGAUGGACUGGAGGUCCCUUGUAUCAGCUUCAGGAGGGUACAUGCCUCCAGGACAUAUCUUGUUCGGACCUGUACUGUUUUGGAGUACUCAAACUGGUUGUGGCAAUCACUGCUUAGUGGUAUUGUGCAUCAGAGACCAGACUGUAGGUAAUAUGGCUGCCAGAAACUCCUUCUUUCUUGUGAAGGGAUGA